GCUCGCCGACCGCUCGCUGCGCCACGGGCGUCGCGUGCAUGUGUGAGAGCAUGUGGAGUUCACACAGGGCGAUCUAUGUGCCGUAUGUUCAAUGGGUUGCGAUAGACGCGAGAAGAAGCGACCAUCCGACCGACUUCACAACGUGACAUUUUUUGGAGCACCUUUGGAAGCGCGCGAUACUCGCGAGACGGACCAAGAGAGAGAGAGAGAGAUCCGAGCGUUUCCCGCCGAGAGACACGCACCGAACAGAAGCGCAAACGAAUGACCGAACGAAUGAAUGAAUGAAAAUAGAUAGAUCGAGAAACGAGCAGCCAGAUCGCGACAGAGCACGCCACCAGCUUCUCGCCGACGAAGUCCCCGAGACACAGAGAGAGCUUUUUCAGGACGAUUCCUCCUCGGCACUCUCGGGGAUAUUACCGCUGGUAUACGGUCCUCGAGGCUCGGCGAAAACGGCCGAGCGUCGCCGAACGCUUGCCGCGCCACGAAAGAACGCCCUUCAAUCGCAACAAGCGACGAGGCGAGCCAGCCAGCUAGACGCGAAAUCCGCGUAGAGGCGAACGUCUCACGACGAAAACGACCCCGAUAAAAGAAUCACGUUUUGCCGUUUGCGCGACGCGGUACGGCCACGUACGCGCAGGUUGCAUUACUCUUCAUCGCGACCCCGAGCAAGGAUAAUAUAACCUGCUUGAUGCGCGCGCGCGUCGAUCGCUCGCUACGCACGCACGCACGCACGCUCUCACUCGCUCGUUCACUCACACAGCAAACAGAGACAAACAGGCGAGAUCGUCACCACGAACGAACGAACGACACGGGGAUUGGCGCGCGCGCGCGCGAGGGAGAGAGAGAGAAAUAUUACUACGUAAUCCUACGUGCCCUCUGAAGUCGCGAUAGACCUCGUCCCGUGACACGGAGCUCUUAGGCAGACUUAUUGACACAACAUGCGACGCUCGAGGAGAGCGAGAAGGCACGCGCACGACGGCGAAACGACGGCGGAGUAGAGCGCGCCCGACCACAACGUCGACGAACACACAUGCGGAAUACAACGGCCGAGAGAACAGGAAUCUAAUGCCCGCGUUUGACCGGUACGCCAGCGGCACUGGCCCGAUUAACUUCUGGUUCGCGGCGAAAGACUACCGAGAUUCGAAACUCUUUUCGCUCUUCUUCUUCCUCCUUCCGCUCCUGUCUCUUUCUCUCUUUUUUCCCCGUUGCUCUUCGAGUUACUUCGCAUAGUUGGACAAACAUGUGAAAGCGCGCAACUACAGGAGCAAUUACGCUUCUCUUCCUCUGUCGUUUCUCUCUCUGUCUCUCUUUUGCUCUAUCUAUAUCGCUCUUUCGCGCUCUCUUGCUCUCUCUCACACUCUCUCUCUCUCUCGUCGCUGCUGCUGCUGCUCGUCGUGCUUUAGCCGUGGAGAGCCGGGUAACGCCUCUCCUUCGAUCUCCGCGUCAUGCCGAGAGUCCUUGUGCCGCGCUGCUUAUGUACCGUACGAUCGCUCGUACGCCCGAGGAAGUGUUUAAUCGCCAUCCGCACGGACCAACUAUACGCGGCCUGGAGUUAUCAGGACAGAAUAGUAACGACAGUUCGAAUGGACCAGCUUGUCCAGGGACACCGAAUUCUCAGGGGAUGAGACCCACCCCGUCACCUACAGGAUCCACAGGUUCUCGCUCGAUGUCCCCUGCUGUUGGUCGGUCUUUUUUACGCCAACAAAACGUUCAGAUGCCUCCUCGUCCGUCGAGUAGCCAGUCGGAUGGUAGUGGACCAGCACGCAUGAGUCACUCUCCUAUGACCACUCAAGGAGCCUACCAGCAGCCAUUGGGUCCGUCACCGCACAUGCACAGCUACAAAAUGAACAGCAGCGGUCCUGGCGUGGUGCAACCAGGACCCGGCUCGACGAGUCUCGGCGGGAUCAGCCCAAUGGGUGGCGGGAUGGGAUAUGCGGCCGGUGGGACCGGUAGCGGUCAACCUGGGGGUUAUCACGCCCAGUCCACAUAUCCGCCUCCGCGUCCUCACAUGCAGUUCACGCAAGGAUAUCCGACACCGGCGAACUCGCAACCACCACCCAACAAUCAGUAUCAGCCUCCCAACAGACCCAACAAUUUAGUACAAUAUCCACCGUACACGCAUAAAAUGGGAUUCAACAGCGUGCCGCCAGGGAUGCCGCCGAGUCCGGGACCACCGCAGGUUUACGGCGCCACCGGUACGGCCGGUAUGGUGCCGCCGGGCGCUCCCGGGGUGCCGGUUAUCGGUAACAUGGGGCCGCCGGCGAGCUCCAUGGGCCCACCGCCGCCGUCUCCCAAUCACAUAAGCAACCAACCACCACCCACCAGUUCAGCGGUACCUCACUUGCAUACCCCGGCGGCCACACCGCCUCUCAAUCACGAGGGCAGUCCGAUGCCGCCGCCGAGCACUACACCAAACUCGCAUCCCGCUUCGGCACCGACGCCAACCAGCCACAAUUCCGCAGAUCUCACGGCUGAGACUUCCAACGACAGUGGCAUUACUACCACCGCUUCAGGUACGUCAGCUAUAAAUGUCAUAUCUACUUCAAGCGGUACUGUCACGUCUGUAAUAACGACAGGUCCAGACGGCACGUCUCUGGAUGAAGGCUCACAACAGUCAACGUUGUCUAAUGCAUCAGCCGCUUCUGGUGAAGAUCCAGCAUUUACGCCAAAAGUUCGGAAAGAAAUGAUGGGAGGAUAUCACAGCCAUCCCGCGACACCGCAGAGUACAGUCCCGUCUCCUGGUGCUGCUAGCAUUAAUUCAAUCCACGAGGAAUAUUCCGACAUGAACAGUCCUGGUUGGCCACGUACUCCUGCUAGUCCCGUGUUUAACAGUCAUGUGCCUCAAGACCCGUACAGAUCUAAGAAGCCAGAUAGCCUGGCAAAGUUAUACGAAAUGGACGACUCGAUGGAACGAAGAACCUGGCUGGACAAAUUGGUCACUUUCAUGGACGAGCGAAGAACACCAAUCACCAGCUGUCCCACCAUCUCCAAGAACCCCCUCGAUCUAUUUCGGCUAUACAUCUACGUGAAGGAGAGGGGGGGCUUCAUGGAGGUAUGCAAGGUCACGAAAAACAAAACCUGGAAAGACAUCGCCGGUCUGCUGGGCAUCGGUGCAAGCAGCAGCGCCGCUUACACCCUGCGUAAACAUUACACGAAGCAUCUGUUGGCGUUCGAGUGCCACUUCGAUCGUGGUGGCGUGGAUCCGCAGCCUAUCAUCAAUCAAGUCGAGGCGGGUUCGAAGAAGAAGGGAUCCAAGGGAACUGCUUCCGUACCAUCACCGGGUUCUUCCAAUUCUCAAGAUUCCUUUCCCGCCGCCGGUUCGAGCAACACAUCUAUGGACGGUUAUGGAAGUUAUCAGAGCAGUUACGCAGGUGGUACACCGGGUGGUCCGUCAUCGGAAUACACACCGCCACCACCUAGGCCACCCAGUCAGAGUAGCGCACCAUCGGCUCAUCAAGGAAUACAACAAGGCAGUUACCAGAACACGGGCUCUUACCAGAACUACCCGCAAGAUCAGUACAUUCGGCCGCAGGCAAACGCGCUGUCUCAGCAGGGCGAAUUCAAUCAGCCGUACUCGCCUAGGUCGCAUUAUCCUCCAUAUGUACCAGACGUCGACAGGGGAUAUCCCGGUGGUAAUAUGCCGCCGAAUAACGCUACCGGACAGGAUAUAUACAACAGGUAUACGGGCAACCAGCAGCCCGCCAGCUAUCCCACGGGAACGCCACCCACUGCGCGGAGCAACAGCUACCCGUCGGGACCACAAGCUCACCCGGCCACCGUGCAACAGCAAACGGCAACCAGCCAACCUUCCUCGCCCUCGCAGCCGCCAGCUGCGUCGUCAUACUCCUGUCCGCAAGAUUACUAUCGACAGGAACAGAGUGGGUACGGGGCGCCUGGUGGAACUCAAAUAUACACCGCAAGCGGAGCGGCCAACAAGAAUAUGCCGCCGCCGCCUCCGGGUCCCAGCCAACCUAGACGUCACCCAGACUUUGCCAAAGACCAACAGUAUCCUCAGUAUAAUCAACAACGACCAGCGUAUCCAGCAGGAUGGCCAAAUACUACCAAUCAGUACAAUAGUAAUAGUGGAAACAAUAGGGUUCAAUACCCGAGCCAGCAAACGCAAUCACCAUCGCCGCAACAACAGCAGCAGCAGCAGCAGCAAGCGUCCCAGGUUGUCGCUGCCGCACCAUCCGCUGCAGCAGUCGGGGGUAUGUCCAGUAGUCAACAGUGGGCCAGCCAACAGUCGAACAGGUCUUCGACUCAACCAUCUCUGAAUGCUAUAGCGCACGCACCACCACCGCCGUGGGAUCAUCGUUACACGAAUCAACCGUCCCCUUUGUACCCAACGCCGGGAAAUCAUCAGAAUCAGCUCGGUGUGAAUCCCAUGAUCAGUCAGCAACCAACGUCAAAGAGAGAAAUGACAUUCCCUCCUGACAGCGUAGAAGCGAUCACGCCUCUUUUGUACAAGCGACGAAAACUGACGCGCGCUGACGUAACACCGAUCGAGGCUUGGCGUCUGAUGAUGUCCUUACGAUCGGGUCUCCUCGCCGAGAGUUGCUGGGCCCUUGACGUACUAAACAUUUUGUUAUUCGACGAUUCUUCCGUAAGUUAUUUCGGACUGGCGCAUCUACCCGGAUUGCUGGACGUUUUGCUGGAACACUUCUCGCGCGCGCUCACCGACAUGUUCGAGUCGUCCGUGAGCGACGACGAUCGCUACUGGAACCAAGCGACGGACGGGCCGGAAGUGGACCUCGGCGCGGUGACGCGCCCGAUCGAUCCCGAGGACCGGACGAAGCUCCUGUCGACAUCGAACUACACGUUUCUCUCGAGGAGAGGCCGCCCGGUGAAGAUCGUGCCCAGGGACGACGACCUGUUCGUUUUGGACAGCAGGAGGCCUUGGGAUCACCAAGAGUGCGAAUCGGAGACCGAGCCGUGGCAGGUGGACGCGAACGCUACCAAGUACAUCGUGACGUGUUUUCAGUCGGAGGUGGGCACGGUGCCUUUCGCCCGGCUCCUGAGAGACGAGAAGCCGCCGUUGCUGCAGAAGGAGGUCGAAAGCACGGACUCCAAGGACGAAGCCAAAGCGGACGUCGGCGUCCUCGAAACGGUCGAUUUCACCCACAAGUCCGGCGAGCUCGGCGACAAGCCGAGCAAGGAGAGCGGCGAGCGCAAGCAGCUGGACAAGAAGAAGAAGACCAAGACCUUGAGCGACGUGCUGUCGAGGAUCAAGAAGGAACCCAUGGAGAUGAACGAUCUCACGAGGGAGCUGUUCGAGAAGAAGAACGACGGCUUCAAGAAGGAAUGCGACAACGAGACCAAGGCGAACAAUAACAUGGGCGAGCACUUCGGCGACUCGUCCAAGAACGACGAGGACUCGCUGCCGACGCAGAACGGACUGAACGACUCGGCGGUGAUGGCAGCGUCGGUGACGACGACGAGCAACGUCGUCGUCGAUAUGGACAAGAUUGAGGUGAAGACGGACCUGAGCGAAGAGCACGAGAUGUCGACGAGGGACGACAAGGAGGGACCAAGAUUAAAGAUAAGAGAUCCGGCCGGGACCCUGAAGCGACGGCGGAUAAGCGACUACGAGGACGAGAGCUACUCCAGGGACGAGGCGAGCCUCUACCUGGUGACGGAGACGCAGGACAAUCUGGCCCGCCGUUGCGUGUGCCUGUCGACGAUUCUGAGGAAUCUCACUUUCAUCCCGGGCAACGAGGCCGAGUUCGCCAAGAACGUAACGUUCCUCAGCCUGCUUGGCAAGUUGCUGCUGCUGCAUCACGAGCACCCGGUCAGGGCGCAGAAGACGCGCAACUACGAUCGCGAGGAGGACGCCGACUUCGCGGACUCGUGCAGCAGUCUGCAGGGCGAGGGGGAAUGGUGGUGGGACUUUCUGCACCACGUGAGAGAGAAUGUCCUGGUGAUGGCCGCCAACAUAUCCGGCCACAUGGACCUGAGUCAACACCCGGAGGAGAUCUCGCGACCUGUCCUCGACGGGCUCCUGCACUGGGCCGUCUGCCCGGCGGCGCACGGCCAGGAUCCCUUCCCGACGGUCGGCCCCAACUCCUCGUUGUCGCCGCAGAGACUCGCGCUCGAGGCGCUGUGCAAACUAUGCGUGACCGAGUGCAACGUCGACCUGGUGGUGGCGACCCCGCCCUACUCCCGACUACAGAGACUGUGCUCCGUGCUGACCAGGCUGCUCUGCCGCAGCGAGGAGCAGGUGCUGCGCGAAUUCGGCGUCAACCUGCUGCACUUCCUUUCGGCGGCGGACAGCGGCGUAGCGCGCACCAUCGCCCUGCAGACGCCUUGCGUCGCCUUGCUCGUAGCGUUCAUCGAGCAGGCCGAGUCGAGCGCCCUCGGCGUCGCGAAUCAGCUCGGCCUAGCGGCGCUGCGCGACAAUCCGGAAUCGAUGGGCACCAGUCUGGACAUGCUGCGGCGCGCCGCCGGCACGCUGCUCAAUCUCGCCAGGCAUCCGGACAACCGGACUCUGCUGCUGCAACACGAGUCCCGUCUGCUCGCCCUAGUGAUGAGUCAGAUUCUGGAUCAGCAGGUCGCGGCGAUAGUCGCGCGUGUGUUGUUUCAGUGUUCGAGGGGCACGUAACUCUCUCUUGUCGGUCGGGACACACAAUGAAGAUGACGCGCUACGCGUUGAUGUUUUACGGUGCCGGCUUAGACACGAUACGAUACGGCGAUAAGUAGCGAGAC